AAAACACUUUUCUCCCCCUCACAUUUUCUCACCCGAACCUGCUCUUCCUCUCUCUCUUUCUCUUCACAUUUAUUUUUUCAUCCAUUCUUGAGAAAAGAAAAACAAAAGGUUGUGUUGAUACAUGGAAACAUUGUUAGGAAGAUCGGAAAAUACGGAGCUAGUGAAAUUUUAAUGAAACUCUCAAGGCAAAAGUUGAGGAGUAUUAAGAGAAUCUAUUGAUAUGUUUGAAGUGGUGAUUGUGUGGACUCUCCACCAAUGGAGAAUGAAGAACAUAUUACUACCACUUCAGUUGCCCUUCUAGUGAAGCUGUAUCAGCUCCUAUUUCACCAUCUAAGCGUAAAAAUCAAUCACAAGCAUGAAAUCACUUUACUAAAGUGCCUAAUUCAGGUCAAAUGGCCAAAUGUCAUUAUUGUGGAAACUUGAUUAAAUUCAAGGAUGGGACAAGUGCUAUGACUAUGCAUCUGAAAAGAUGUAAGGAGCAUCUUGAUAAUCAAGAACACAAAAGGCAAAAAACAUCUUCCUCAACAAAGCCAACAGAAGAGGAAUUAGGUGUUGUCUCUUCACCUCAUUCAAUGUUUGACCAAGAGGCAUGUCGACUGGAGCUUGUGAAGAUGUUUGUGGGAGCAGAGCUUCCUUUUUUAUUUGUGGUGAAUGUGUUUUUUCGAAACUUUGUGAACGUCAUACAACCACAGUUUGAUAUUCCAUCCCGCUCUACAUUAAGGCGUGCUAUUUUGUCACUUUAUGAUGUGGAGAGAGAAAGACUUAAAAUUUUCAUAUCGAAACAUUGUGGGAGGGUUUGUCUUACGACGGACACAUGGACUUCUAUCCAAAAUCUAAGCUACAUGAGUCUAACUGCACAUUUCAUUGAUAAAAAAUGGAAUUUGCAUAAGAGAAUCUUGAAUUUUUGUCAAAUCACAAGCCAUAUAGGAGAGUUCAUAGCUAAGGAAGUCAAGACAUGUUUAAAUGCUUUGGAGUUGAAUCAUGUCUUUAGCAUAACAGUAGGUAAUGCAUCGUCUAACGAUAUCGAAAUUAAAUUUAUGAAGAAGUGGAUGAAUGCAAGGAACUGUUUGCUCUUGAACGGAGAAUAUAUCCAUAUGCGGUGUUGUGCACAUAUCUUGAGCUUGAUUGUAAAGGAAGGUUUAAAAGAUGAGGACAUUUAUAUCACAAGAAUCUGAAAAGCAACCAAGUAUGUGAGAUCGUCUCCUUCAAGAUUGGCAAGGUUUAAAGGAUGCGUUGAAAGGGAGAAAAUUUCUUAUAAAGGUCUCAUAUGUCUAGAUGUGGAAACCAGAUGGAAUUCUAGAUAUUUGAUGUUAGUAACGACUGUGAAGUAUAAAAAAGCCUUUGAUUUGUUAGAAAUUGCUGAUGCUAAGUAUGUCAAAGAAAUAUCUAAGGAUAAAGGCCCAUGAGUACCUCUAUCCAAGGAUUGGGACUUUGCUAAUACGAUGCUUCCCUUUUUAUGGAUUUUCUAUGACACUACUAGGCGUAUUUCCGGCUCUUCAUAUGUUACUAGUAACAUAUAUAUGAAGGAGGUAUUUGAUAUUGGAAGGAAGAUUCGAUUAUUAAGUGAGCACAAUGAUGCAAGCAUAAAGUCGAUGGGGAUUAGUAUGAAGAGUAAAUAUGACAAGUAUUGGGGCAACGUUGAUGGAAUAAACGUGAUGUUACUGAUGGCUGUUGUAUUGGACCCAAUUUGCAAAUUUGGAUACGUAAACUACUUUCGUAAUUAAUUUUUUGAAGUAGAUGGUGAAGCAUUGAAGAUGAAAUUGUCAUCUUCCUUGAAAUCAAUUUAUCGAGAAUAUGAAGGUAGGGAGGAAGGUUCUCAAAGUAUGAUAGAAUCACAACCAGAGGAAGAUGAUAAUGACAUACAUGGUAUGGGCUUCUACAAAAAAUCAACUGGGCAAAUAAUUGAUCAUAAGUCUGAGCUUGAUAAAUACCUUGUUGAAGAGUGUGAACAUUAUUUUGUCGAGUUUGAUAUUUUGAAUUAGUGGAAAGUUAUCUCAACUAGAUUCCACAUCCUUUUUAGUGUUGCUCGUGAGGUGUUGGCCAUCCAUGUGUCUGUUGUCGCAUCAGAGUCUACUUUCAGCACUGGAGGAAGGAUGUUGGAUCCUCAUCAUAGUAAUCUUACACCUACGAUAGUGGAAGUGCUUGUUUGCACUCAAGAUUGGCUGAAAGGAUCUCAUUUCUCAAAUGUAUUUGAUGAGGACCUUGAAGAACUUGAAACCUUUGAGAAAGGUAUGUUACAAUAUUUUUAGUUCUACAAACUUUGUAUUGUAUUUUAAAUUUUUUGAAAGAUAAUGAAAUACUCUUUUUUCCAUAGAUCAUUUCUCCAACGCUCUACGCAACAACAUCUGCUAAUGUCAUUAUUCUUGACAAUUAAAGACAUUUGUUUCUAUUUUGUUUAGCAUCAUUGUAUUUGACAUAAAAUUGUUGAAGUAAAUAGAUUAUUUGAGAGUAGGGAUCAUACUUUUAGAA